GCGGAAACUAGAGGAAGCUUUAAAUAAAUGUUAAAUUGACUGUGAACACAUAGAUGCUUGUAAAGAUGAUCAUUAACAGCAUGGUCCAUGCAAUUUGUUUUCUUAAAAAAAAAAAAAAAAAACACUGUUCUAGCCUAUAGUCAAUGUGCCGAAGUGACCUUUAAAGAUUCUGUAUUCAGAUUUAUUGUCCUGUAGGAGUGUGUUUUUGGAGCCUCUAAAUUUAUGUUCUCUAUUUAUACACCCAGUCCCUGUUUUCAGUGGAGAACUUUGUCCAUUACAUGACUGUGUCCUUGGAAAUGCUGAUGAAUGAGGUGCCUCGAAUGAUAGUGAACGUGGUCCAGAUACUGCCGAUGGAGACCCUGAGGGAAGUACAGAAACCCACGCCAGGAUGUCUGCUCCAAAGGUCAUUCUGCUCCUGUCUGGUCAAGCCAGCUGCGGGAUCGGCUGAUCUGAAGGAGCUUGUUGGAGUCAACCUAGAAUUCCAGAAAGCACUGGAGCAGCUCUUGUACACUGACCGCUUCUUUAAGAAUGACUUUGCUGUAGUUUUGCAGCCGUUCCUGAAACAUGCAGAUCCUCCAAGACUCCCUAAUGGGAAGAUUGACAUGAGCUUUUUUACUCCGGACUGUUUCCACUUCACCAUGAAAGGACAUGAGGAGCUAGCCAAGGGACUGUGGAACAACAUGUUUCAACUUGAGGGGGAGAAGUUCAUGGUGGAGAGCUUUUCAAACCCUAUUGAGCUCAUUUGCCCCCCUGUGAGUCAUCCGUACAUUUACACCAGACCCAGUGUUGUAAAAUCAGGCCCAUCACUUCCUGAGAUGCCCCAGUCAGCUGGCAUCAGACUAAUUGUUCUCUACCUCAUCUUGGCUUUCCUUCCACUGUGGUUGGCUGUUAAUCUGGCCUCCUUGUAGGACAUCCAUAUGGAGUAUUGUGGUACAUCAUGUCUGCCCACCCAAUGUCCUACUUUGGCUGGAUAUCAUUGCUUUGAUGGUCUCUGAAGCAUUGAGGAUCUGUUCUGUGACUUGAGCCACUGCAGGAUGAUCUAUGGUAAAACUGAUAAUGAGGGAGUAAAAGAUAAACAAGUUAUCAAAGAUGAACAGGAAACUGGAGUUGGCUAAAUAUGAAGACGUGGUUACAGUCAAUAUUAUAUUUAAUUGAGUUGCAAUGGAAAUGGGAAUAUUGAAACCUCAGAAUAGAAAAAUAUAUGCUCAUGUGAUAACCUUUUUUUGAUAUACCAAACCAAAAUAGCACAAGAGCAGGUGCAAAGCCACUUUUAGCUUACGUAAUGUUGCUAUAAUAAAUUUAGGUAUGAAAGGUAACUGUGUAAGCUAUUUCCGGAUGGUUUGAAUAAAAUGGCCAGAGGUCAUCCUGUAAACUCAUUAAGCCUGUGAAGAUAAAAGAAUUGAUUGUUGUGUGAGAACAACUGUUUUGCUUCGAGAGCAUGGUGAAAGUAAACCGUUUGAGAGCUUCUUCAUGCCCACAGUAUUACGAUAAUUGCUUUGGAUGCUGCAACAUGAGAAGUGCUUUUGGUCUUCUCAAAUAAAGCUUUCAUUAAGGGCACUUAUCUGUUUUACUUCAAUUUUUUUCUUUGAAAGUAUGUUUUUACUUAAGAUAUGCUUUUUCUGUACAGCUGAAAGUUCUUCAUUACCAAUCAAAGAACCUGUCUUUAUAGUUGUACUUAAAGGUGUUUAGCAGCUCCUAAAGAUUUUUGGAAACAAACAAACAAAUGAUUAUAGUAAUGGAAUUAUAUUGGUGGUUUCUUCACAUUUAUGUAAUAAAUAUGUUCGUUUUAUCAGUCUGUUUGUCUGCGUGAGUGCUGCAUAAACAUUAUCAUUCAAAGCAGAUGCGUUUUGAUCCACUUUAUACCUCAGAACUGUCAGUGUCUAGGAUUGCUAAUAUUAGCCUGUGUUUCUGUUUAAAAGCCUUUUAAAAGAAGUGCCCUACAAAAGAAACUAUUUGCAGAUGUUAUAUUUUGCCACAGGGAGUAAUGUUUGGCACUGAUGCUUAAAAUAUAAGCUCAUUCGGUUGAUUAUUUGCUAUCC